ACAAAAUCAAAACAGAUAGUUAGGUGUAAUGCUUUCAAAUGUUGUCGUUUUUGGUUUUAAAGCCACAAACAGCGAGAACAUCAUCACGCGAAAAGAGGCAAUUCGUGCCGUACUAUUUAAUGUUAGCAAUUUAGCACCGAAAGGAAAAGAAGUAGCGCUUAAGAUGUUGAAGUGACAGCUUGGGUCAACGUUGGAAGACAGUUUUGAAUGUAACCUGAUUUCCUUGAAGGCACCAUGAAAUCAAAUUGAAGUGCGAGUGACAGAAGAAACCUUCUCCCGUCGUAUGUUAAUGCAGCUCUUGGGCUGGUCGUCGGACAGGCACAAUGGCGGACUGGGAAUCUGCUCGACAGGCAUAGAGCCAUUUACGAAAGCAGGAAUGAAUGAAACGCCCUUUCCCGAUGUUUUCCACUGUCAACAGUAGUGUGUAGCGAGACCCCCGUUCGUGGUGCGAAGGAAAUACCUGAAAGUGAACUUGAAGCGUUGGCUCGAACGAACUCUGGGAGUAUCUCAUUGGGGAAAGACGCAGAAUCAACAAGGACACGCCGAGAGGGAAUGGAGAACAACAAGACGACCAGCUCGUCCAGCUACACAGCCAAAGACAGAGUGAACAGGGUGGAUCCAUAUGGCUUUGAGCAUCCAGAAGGCUUUGACUAUGAGUCGUAUGAAGAGCUGAUGUCUGAGUAUCUUGUUGUGCUCACUCAGAGGUCCAUCAAGUGGUCCAAACUACUGAAAACCAAACGCAAGGUGCAGAGGAAUGUAAAAUUAAAGCGUUAUAUACGUAAGGGGGUACCCAAUGAGCAUCGGGCUAUGAUCUGGAUGGUGGCUAGUGGAGCUCGAGAGCAGUUUGAGAAGAACCCAGGCUACUAUCAGGCCCUACUUGAAGCCCAGCAUGACCCCAAUUUGGUGGAGCCCAUCUGCACUGACUUAAACAGAACAUUUCCCGAUAAUGUGCAGUUUCGGAAGACAUCGAACCCUUGUCUGCAGAAGGCUUUAUACAAUGUACUACGGGCUUAUGCUCACCACAAUGCUGCUGUGGGUUACUGUCAGGGUAUGAAUUUUAUAGCUGGCUAUUUGCUUAUUGUCACAAAAGAUGAAGAAAAGUCUUUCUGGCUGAUGGAUGCACUCCUUGGCAGAAUCUUACCAGACUACUACAGUCCGGCCAUGCUCGGCUUGAAGAUAGACCAGGAGGUUUUGGGGGAGCUGGUGAGAGUCAAGUCCCCAAGAGUGUGGAAGGCUAUGGUGGAUAAUAACGUCAUGUGGACUCUUGUGGCGUCUCGAUGGUUCAUCUGUCUCUUCAUAGACAUUCUGCCUGUGGAGACAGUCUUAAGAAUUUGGGAUUGUCUGUUCUAUGAAGGCUCGAAAAUCCUGUUCCGUGUUGCGCUGACACUGAUUCAUCACCACAGAGUUGUAAUUGAACAAGGCCAGUCCCUGCCAGACAUCUGCCAAAUCUUCAAACAGAUCACACGUGGACCAUUUGUGGAGGAAUGCCACCCUUUCAUGCAGAAAAUCUUCACUGAGCCUGGAAGUCUCUCCAUUGCAACGUUGACUAAGCUCAGAGCAGCGUGUCGAGCGCGUAUCAUUUCUGAGGAGAAAAAAUGAUUUUUUUUUUCUCCUUCUUUUUUAAAUAUUCCACUGGAAGAAGGACCAAACAACUUGAUGUACCUUAACCUCCAUGUCUUGUCUUUAACACCAUUUCACUACUAUUAAAACCUAAAUGUAAAAAUAUGAUAAUGUUAUAUUGAUAGCUGUCAUUGUUUAUUCAUAGUUGAGACUUUCUUCUUUGUUAGCAUGUACUGUAAGCACAUCCAAGUGACAGACCCAAUCAAUUUUUUUUGGUUAUUCUUGUUAAAUUAUAAUUUCCUUUUUUUGGGGAGGGGGGUUGAUGAAAUGAUAACUGACACUGUGUGUGCAAAAUGAAUGUGAACUGUAAAAUGUCCCAUAAAUUUCAGGAUCUUA